AUGCCCAGCUCCACCCCACCCCCACCCCACCCCACCCCCCCCCCCCCCCGCCACCGAUGGCAGCCGACCCCCGGGGCACUGCCGAGAGGGAGAGAUGGCUCCUGGGACACGUGUGAGGUGGGUUCAUGCGGCUCCUCCACACCCCCAGGCCCGGGCAGCUCCCAGUCCAUUCAUCCUCAGCCGGGCCUCUCUCUACCUUGCCCGCCCCCAGCCUCACCCUCUCUUUGCGCCAAACUCAUCUCCAGCCCUCAUUCUUGUUGCCUCUCAACCCUGGGGAACUGGCCUUCCUUCCUCCACCCUGCUUCGCCUUGCAGACCCCUAUCCCCGCCUGCAAUUGCAGCCCUCCAAGGCCCCUCCUCUGGAGCGCUGGAGGGCUCCUCUCCUCCCAUGAAUGGGUCUGGAAAGGGAGAAGCUGUGGUAAGACUCUGGAUACGAAGAGACCCUCCAGGCCUGCUGAAUCUGUGUGGGAUCUUGGAGGAUCUGGUUUCCCUGGGAAGAGAAGCCCAAGGGAUAACAGACAAUUAG